GAAAAUCCCCCUUGCUGCACAUCACCCAUUUUGCUCUUCUUGCAGACUGUGGACCUCCGACCCCAAUCAUGAGUAAGAACUACUUGUCCAAAAACGAUGAACUCCGCAAGGGAGACUUUCUGCUCUCCAACAACAAGCAGUGGAAGGCCAUCUUCCAGGACGAUGGUAACUUCGUCAUCUACGGCUGGAAGCCUUUUUGGGCUUCGGACACUUCCGGAACAGACGGCAUGCGCGUGUGCAUGCAGGAGGACUGCAACCUGGUCAUGUACAACAAGGCCGACAAACCUCAGUGGCACACAAACUCCUACAAACCAAACAAAACCAACAUGUGCCGCCUUCACCUGACCGAUGCAGGAAAACUGGUGGUCAGCAGGGAGAGUGAGGAGAUCUGGAACUCUGAUAAAGACAAAGGCAAGAAGGCAUGAAGUGAUUCAAUGUGAACGUUAUGCUUUGUGAUCAGUUACCAGUGAACCUUCCUUCUGUAUCAUCUGAUAUCAAAUAAAAUACAUUUGUCACAAAGCACAA